AUGGUUCCGAUUCGACUACUUUCGGCGCUUUCGCUGCUAGGAACCUAUGUGUCCGCCUUCCCGCUCUUGGAGCAACAGCCGUUGGGCGAUGGUCUCCAGAAUGAGGACCACUUCCCACCAACCGCGGGUGUUGAGUCCUCUCAGGGACUUUCGGGGCGCUUUCUCCACAUCACAGAUUUUCACCCAGACUCGUACUACCAACCCGGAACAUCUGACGAGAAGAGCUGCCACAGAGAUGAUGGCUCGGCGGGGUACUUUGGAGCCGAGGGGACCGAGUGCGACUCACCAUUUGCUCUCAUCAACGAGACAUUUCGCUGGAUUGAGACGAACCUCAAAGACAACAUCGACUUCGUCAUUUGGACCGGUGACUCUGCGCGACAUGACAACGAUGAGAAGAACCCUCGCACGGCAGAAGAGAUAAUCAACUUGAACAAGUUCAUGGCGGACAAAUUUGCCGAGGUCUUCAAGGGCAAGGGCGCGACCCAUGGCCUUUCCAUUCCGAUUGUACCCACGUUUGGUAAUAAUGAUAUAAUGCCGCAUAAUAUCUUCAAAAAUGGGCCGAAUCGGUGGACGAAGCAAUAUAGAGAGGUAUGGCACAAAUUCAUACCCGAGCAUCAACGCCAUAGUUUUGUCGAAGGUGGCUGGUUUGUCUCGGAGGUGAUACCCGACCAGCUGGCAGUCAUCAGCUUGAACACCCUAUACUUUUUCGACUCCAAUUCUGCCGUCGAUGGGUGCGAUGCGAAAUCAGAGCCAGGCUAUGAGCAUAUGGAAUGGUUGCGUGUGCAAUUGGAGCUGCUGCGGACGCGUCGCAUGAAAGCCAUCUUGAUAGGUCAUGUUCCUCCAGCAAGAUCCGGCACCAAGCGCAGCUGGGAUGAAUCCUGCUGGCAAAAAUACACGCUCUUCGUGAACAGGUUCCGGGACGUCGUGGUCGGUAGUGCAUAUGGACAUAUGAAUAUCGAUCAUUUCAUGCUUCAGGACAGUCACAAAGUGAAGAUUGCCGACACCAGCGCAUCCUCUGCGCUGUCCGAUCUUUAUGACGAAUCGGGCGAGAUCUCCAUUCAGUCUCGUUACGAUUAUCUCUUCAGUCUCCGGAAAGACUGGUCUAGCCUGCCGUCUCCACCAGAUGGUAUGCCGAAAGGGACCUUUCUAGCGGACGAGUGGCUCGAGGACGAAGUCGCAGCGGGAGGUGGCAAGGGCUCAAAGCCCAAGAAAAAGAAGCGCUUCUUGAAAAAGAUCGGUGGUCCUUGGGCCGAGAGGUACAGUGUGUCGUUGGUGUCACCUAGUGUGGUGCCGAACUUCUUUCCUACUUUGCGUGUUGUAGAGUACAACAUUACCGGCUUGGAAGACACGACAACUUGGGCCAACGCGCCUGUUCAGAACGGCUUGGACACUGUUGUCUCGGAACCCGUUGAUGAUGCGUUGUCAGCCGGGAAGAAGAAAGACAAGAGCAAGAAGAAAAAGCCACAGGUCAAGGUCCCGUUGCCUCCAUCGUCGACUGCUCCUCCGGGACCGGCAUAUUCCAACCAGGCAUUGACCUGGCUCGGUUACACCCAGUACUAUGCCAACUUGACCAAGAUCAAUAGUCAGAUGGCUAAGCGCCAGGAGGAUCUCUCCAGCUCUGACAAAGGGGACAAUGCGCAGGAGAUGAAACACAGCGAGGUCUUCGCGUUCGAGGUCGAAUACGAUACCCGACACGACAAGGUAUACAAGAUGGAUGAUCUCACAGUGCGCAGUUUCUUCGAGCUAGCGACACGAAUUGCUAAGAACCGGUUGGGUAAAAAUGAUCUAUGGGCGCAAGAGGCGACCGCCGACGAACUUGACAUGGAUGCUUCUGAGGUUGUUGGCGACCGUGGAGACGACCUGGAAAUUGAUAAGAAGAAGAAGAAGAAGGCCAAGAAGCCGAAGAAUCGGGUGUGGAAGGCAUUCCUGGAAAGAGCUUUUGUCGGGACUUUGGACAGUGACGAACUUGACGAUAUAGAAUAA